UUUGUCUGUCAUUUUGGAUGGACGAGUUGAAAUAAAAGAAAAUUGAAUAUUUUAAAAUUGUAACAUUAAAAUAUAGGUUAAAUGCCUAAACAUAAAAACAUAUAAUUCAAGAAGGUUUGAAUUAAUUAUCCCAUAAAAAAGCUGUUGUUUAUGGGUCAGAAAUCAUGGAUUUGUGAGGUGCUUGUAUUUGUAAAUAUCAUCACAUUUGGAGCCAUAUUCGACUAGUCCAAGCCAAAUGAAUGGCAAGGCAUUUGAAGCUGUUCACAAACUGAAACUUCUUCUUCUUACAACUGCAACCAACACAGCACAAUGCAGGUCACUCUUACUCCAUUUCGCCGCCGUCAAAUCUCUUACAAACACCAAACAACUCCAUUCCAAAAUCAUAGCUUCCGGUCUGCUCACCUCAAAAGACUCCUUCUACAUAUCCUCACUCCUAACUUCGACUUAUGCAAGCUGUGGCCACGUUUCAUAUGCACGCCACCUGUUUGAUAAAUUGCCUUACCCAACUUCGCGGUUGUUUAGUGCUAUGAUUAGAAUGUAUGCGAAAUGUGGGCUGGCUUAUGAUGCUCUCCAGCUCUUUGUGGAAAUGCUUGUUUCUGGGUAUGUUUUGCCCGAUAAAUUGACGUACCCUUUUGUGAUUAAGGCUUGUGGGGACUCGUCAUGGAUUCGAUUAGGUGUUGUGCUUCAUGGGUUGGCUGUGGUUAAUGGGUUUGACUGUGAUGUGUUUGUGGGUAAUUCUUUGUUGGCAAUGUACAUGAAUUGUGGGAAGAAAGAGAGGGCUAGGCGGCUUUUUGAUAAGAUGGGUGAACGAAGGGUGGUUUCGUGGAACACGAUGAUUAGUGGUUAUGUUCAGAAUGGGAGUGCAAAAGAGGCUUUACUGGUUUUCAAAGAAAUGGUGAAUGGCGGGGUUGAAGUUGAUUUGGUUACAAUAAUUUCGGUGUUGCCAGCUUGUGGGUAUUUGAAGGACUAUGAAGCAGCAAAAUUGGUGCAUUUGUUGGCGGAUGAGAAGGCUUUGGGGGAUAAGUUACAUGUUAGGAACGCGUUGGUUGAUGUGUAUGUAAAAUGUGGUCGAGUAGAUGAGGCACGUAAGUUUUUUGAUGAUAUGAAUGUAAGGGAUGUUGUGACGUGGACUACAAUGAUUAAUGGGGUUAUUUUGAAUGGUGAUUUUGAAAGUGCAUUAAGUCUUUUUCCAAUGAUGUUAUUAGAAGGUGUGAAGCCAAAUGCGUUUACUCUAGCUUGUCUUUUGUCAGCAUGUGUGGGUUCCCAGCACUUGAAGUGCGGUAAGGGCUUUCAUGGGUGGGCGACGAGGCAUAAGCUUGAAUCUGAUGUUAAUGUAGAGACUGCAUUAAUUGAUAUGUAUGCAAAGUGCAAUUGUGUCCAUCUUAGCUUUCGAGUUUUUGGAAAAACAUCAAAAAAGAGACAAGUGCCCUGGAAUGCAAUUAUCUCUGGUUGUGUCCGCAAUGGCCUGGAAAGAGAAGCAGUAGUACUUUUUAAUGAAAUGUUGUCGAAAGGUAUAGGACCUAAUGAGGCAACCUUGAAGUGCGUACUUCCUGCUUACUCCACCCUAGCAAAUCUUCAGCAAGCAAAGAAUAUUCAUAGCUACCUCAUAAAGUCCAGGUUUCUUACAAGAGUUGAAGUUGCAACUGGUUUAAUUGACAUAUACUCAAAAUGUGGAAACUUAGAUGACGCGUAUAUGAUCUUUGAUGGGAUUCCCUUGAGUGAUAAAGACAUAUUUUUGUGGAGUGUGGUAAUAGCUGGAUAUGGAGCGCAUGGGCAUGGAAAGACUGCUCUUACUCUUUUUAAUCAGAUGGUUCAAUCUGGUGUUGCACCGAACGAAGUCACUUUUACUUCUGCUCUGCAUGCUUGUAGCCAUGCGGGACUGGUGGAUGAAGGUCUUUGUUUAUUUCAAUUCAUGCUACAAAUCCAGCAUAGCAUUCCGAAGGCUGAUCACUACACUUGUAUUGUUGAUCUGCUUGGUCGUGCGGGCCGACUUGAAGAAGCUCAUGAACUAAUUAGGACCAUGCCUUUUCAAGCCGAGCAUGCUGUUUGGGGAGCAUUGCUGGGUGCAUGCGUAAUUCAUGAAAAUGUAGAACUCGGGGAGAUAGCCGCAAAUAGGUUAUUUAAGCUUGAGCCUGGGAACACUGGGAAUUAUGUGUUACUGGGAAAGAUUUACUCUGCAGCUGGAAGGUGGAAAGAUGCGGAGAACAUUCGGUAUAAUAUGAAUGAUAUAGGAUUAAUAAAAUCGCCAUCUAACAGUUUGGUUGAGGUCAGAAAUAUGUAACGCUCAAGUAAUCAAAGUCCCCAUCAAACAGUUAAUUAAUGUCAGUAGCUCAGCUUUGUAUAGUUAUGCUCCCGGCACAGUUUUAUCAACUCAAAUCAAACUCAGAAUCAUUGUAUUGAAUUUUUCACAUCUUACUAACAUACUACUGCAACUUUAAGGUUCGAGUUUUAUUAAAAUAAAUUAUUAAUUUAAAUACAUAUAUAAUUAUAAUUAUAAAUAUAUACAUAGGUGAGUGUAAUAAUUGUAAUUUAUUAAAAAGUUUUUAAAAUAGAGAAAGAUGAGUUUGUUUUUAUAUCCGGCCCCGUAGGAGCGUACAGACUAACAUACAUGUGAGUACAAUAAUUAUAAUUUAGCCAAUUUUUUUUACAAAAUACAAGAAAGAUGAGCUUGUUAUUGCCUUCACCUUGUUCUUCUUCAUCAUCAUUCCAACUUCCAGUUACAGGAGCAGCAGCAG